UAGUGGGCAGUCAACGAGCAAAUAAAUUUUGUUGUGUUCACUCAAUAUCUUUUUCUAAUAAAAAUGGCAACGAAGGGCAUUGAAUCAAGAUUGCGAAGCUAUAAAUACAAUGAUCGAGAUCAAGCAUCAUCAAGACAGAGACGAAAUGAAGUUACAGUUGAAUUGAGAAAGGCUAGAAAGGAUGAUCAUAUGCAGAAACGAAGAAAUGUUCCCAUUGGAGGAUCUGAUGAAAAGGAAGAAAAAUCACAGCCAUCUGACCUUCUUGCCAUUGUUGAUAAUGCUGGCAGUGAUGAUCCAAAAAUACAAUUACAGGCUGUUCAGGCAGCCAGAAAAUUGUUGUCAAGAGACAGAAAUCCUCCAAUUGAUGAGCUUAUUGAAUCAGGAAUCUUGCCCAUUUUAGUUGGAUGUCUGAGUAAAGAAGAACAAUCAUCUUUGCAAUUUGAAGCUGCUUGGGCAUUAACUAACAUUGCAUCUGGUACUUCAAGGCAAACACAAGCUGUUGUUCAUGCAGGGGCCGUUCCGUAUUUUAUGAAACUUUUAUAUUCACCGCAUCAAAAUGUUUGUGAACAAGCUGUAUGGGCCUUAGGCAACAUAAUUGGCGAUGGUCCUCAGCUGCGUGAUUUUGUUAUUCAACAUGGUGUUGUUGCGCCUCUUUUACAAUUUGUUAAUCCGUCAGUCCCACUGACAUUUUUAAGAAACGUAACGUGGGUUAUUGUAAAUCUUUGUCGAAAUAAAAAUCCGGCACCACCAAUGAAAACAAUUCAAGAGGUUUUACCAGCCUUGGCCUUAUUGAUCAGACACACAGAUCUAGACAUUUUAGUAGACACAGUAUGGGCGCUGUCGUACCUGACUGAUGGUGGAAAUGAACAAAUUCAGGUGGUUAUUGAAUCCGGUGUUGUUCCAUUUCUGGUUCCUUUAUUAAGUCAUAGCGAGAUUAAACUACAGACGGCAGCAUUAAGAGCUGUUGGCAAUAUCGUAACAGGGACAGACGAACAAACUCAGGUUGUCUUAUCAUGUGGUGCACUUCAACAUUUCUCUGCGCUACUGACACACAGCAAAGAGAAAAUAAAAAAGGAAGCUGUGUGGUUUUUAUCAAAUAUAACAGCGGGUAAUCGCAUCCAAGUUCAGGAAGUUAUUGACGCCAAUCUCAUUCCUCUCAUUAUCGAGGCUUUAGAAACGGGAGAAUUCCAAACACAGAAAGAAGCUGCAUGGGCAGUGAGCAAUUUAACAAUUAGUGGCAGUCCGGAGCAGGUUUCAGUUCUGAUUCAAGCAAAUGCAAUUCCCUCUUUUUGUAAACUAUUAGAGGUCAAGGAUCCACAGGUUGUUCAGGUUGUGUUGGAUGGCUUACAUAAUAUGUUGAAGAUGGCAGGAGAUGAGAGCGAUGAAAUUGCAAGAAUGAUCGAAGAGGCUGGAGGGUUGGACAGAAUAGAAAAGCUACAACAACACGAAAAUGAGGAAAUAUAUAAACUCACGUAUAAAAUCAUCGAUAGAUUCUUCUCUAACGAGGGUGAUAACGACGAACAAGAAAUUCAACCACAAGAAGUUGAUGGCGGCUUGCAGUUUAAUGCGCGCGAUAAUGUUCCUGAAGAAGGCUUCAAAUUUUAGAGUGCUUCAAGAAUCGUAAUAGAAUUGGGAACCUAAAAAAAGGAUCGUUGCUGCUGAUAGAUCAAGAUAUCUGCCCGCCAUCUGCGUCGCUACAGCAUGCGCGCAAUUUCCCCGUCAAUGCAGUAUCAACAAGAUGAUAUGAAAUUAAGUAGUCCCCUUAGUUCAUGGAUGCUUGUUAAGAAACGGAAAAAUCAUGGACGUAAGACUAAGAAUAUGAUUUCUCCGUAAGAUGUUGCCACGCCCUGCCCCGCUAUAGUGGUUCUUGAUCGGUUUUACGCGGAUGUCAUCAAUGGAAGCAUAUAAAUUCAACAUUGACUCAUCUUAACAUUUGCUUUUUAUUAUAACCUCCCCUGGUAUUGUAUAUAGUUUUUCACUGAAAUUGUAUAUUUUAAAGCAGUGCACUUAAUGUAAGUAAAGAUAUGCUAAAAUAAGACAAAUAUGUUUGCAA